CCUUUUGUCUUUCUCUAAUCUAGAAUGUUCUUUUUUAUUUCAUUUUUGCCAUUGUUUCUCUUUAAAAAGCAGAGCCCGUGAAAGAUGGGUUUGGUGGAAGGCCAUGGUUUGUUAGUAUUAGCAAAUCAUUUUUCAGGUGGUGGUGGUGGUGGAAGGAGUGGGUGUGAUGGCGUUGGAGUUCAGGUCGCAGAUGGAUGACGCGUGGUACGACGCCCGGAUAGUGAUGGACGGCUACGAUUGCCUGAGGGUGAAGUUCGUCAGCUUCCCCGACGACCACGACGAGGUUUUCGACGCCAAUAACUUGACUUCCUUCAAAGAUAUCGCCGAGUUCAGGCGCCGGUUCAGGCCGGUCUCCGUACAGGUUCAGGAUAAUGAGUGCUCGCAGGUAGCGAAGGGCACGCUCGUCUGUGUCGCCCACGCAAUCUGUCCCGACGACCGCCGCUUCUACGACGCCGUCGUCUACAAGGUUUUGCAUGAGGAACAUCGGUUUGUAAAAGGAGAAGAAGAAUGCCCAUGCAGCUUCAUUCUCUUUUGGAGACACGGUCCAAAAGCUGGGUGUUUAACUGUUCAAGAUCUUGAAAACAUAUGCAGAGUCCAGCCUCGUAGAAGCAAAAUGAAUCCACUUCUGACCUCUUUUCUAGAAACAGCCAGGGAGAAAAUUGAAAUCACCCUUUCUAAAAUUUGUGCAACUCCUCAUGAAGCUGCCUAUGAUGAAAAAGCUUGUAGGCCCAGCGUUUCUCAACGUCUAAAGCAGACCUUGGGUGAUGACUGAGAAAACACGGGUACAUGAGCCAUCCAUUAAAAACUUCAUGCUUAUAUCUCAG